AUGGUCCUGUCAAUACCGGACGACUUGCGUUCGCGGUGGACUGUCCGUGACGUCGUCGUUAUCGCCCUGGUCACCGUGUUCUACGGGGUGUUGUAUGUGCGCACCCGCACGCGUUCUGCUACCGGCGUGGGCGCAUAUAUCGCCAGGGUGCCCGAGGGCGAUUGUUCCGAGGGACCCGCCAUAGAAGAGAAGCCACUAGGGAAUGAUACUAGGCGUGUGCGGGCCCCAAACCCGUUAUACGGGCCCAAAGCGAUGAGGCCACAGGGAGGUCGCCUCCCCGAGCCGGACCCACUCUCCGACUUCGACCCAUCCCACGCGUCGCUGAGGGACUACGUCUACGCGAAUCGCACUCUGCGCUAUCCGUACUUUCAGACGAUGGCGCACCAGCCGAUGCACGUCAACGAUUGGAUAGAAAUCGACAGCGAUUACGCGUGGUACCUCGACGAGAAGGCGCAAGUCAUCGCGGAGCACGGCACGAAGGUACUCGAUUCGCUCCCAGAGAACGACGAUGCGUGCGCGGAACUCCUCGCGACGCUCGUCGAGCACCUCCCGCAGCGCUUCCCCACCCUAUUCUCGCGCCUCCCGCCGCCCGGCUGCGGCAUCUGGAACAGGGUAACAGACGAGCGCUUCUCCGCUACAGACGGCCUGCGCGGGGUCGACGCACUGCGUGUCGUUUCCAGGCUGGUGCAGGACGACUUCCUCAUGGCGCGUGAGCGCCCCGAUGGGCAGGUCUACCUCGUCGGCGGCCUGCUCGCGUUCCCCGGCUCGUACCUCCUCUCGGAGCACAUCGGCAAGCCCCUGCACGCCCUGCACGCCGCGGUCCCGCAUUUCGCAGAGAAGAUCCUCCGCAGCGUCGCGCGCACGCUCGUGCGCUUCCCCCCCGAUCGUCCAUUCGAGCGCUCGAGUUGGAUGGUCGUGGACGACCGAAACUUGUUCUGGCAUAAUAUCGCGUCUAAUCCGCUGCGCGAGACGCAGCGCCCGGAGGACCUGUUCUUGCGGAUCGACCAUCAGACGUUCCGGAAGCUCCCUCGUACUGGUGGCAUCGUAUUCGGCAUCCACCCAGUGUUGAAACGGAUGGGCGACCUCGCGGACACCCCGCUCGUGCCUGCGCUACUCGCGAAGAUGCACACCGAGUCGGACGAGGCGUUGCUGAAGUACAAGGGCGCGCCAAAAUAUUCUGCGCUGCUGUUGCCCUACCUGGAGCAAUGUACGAGGAGCCAGAUUGCUCGCGGUCUUGUUCUAGAUGAAGAUUUGGAGGACGUUGCAACUUUUCGGGAGCUGGCAGGGCGCGUACAUACGGAGUCAACAUGA